GAACUGCUUGCACAUGAUACCAUUUUCCUACAUUCCCCGCCAUUCAUAGAGUUUCUCAAGAUAAGCUCAAUAGAUAAGAUAAUCACAACAUCCCAAGUCCUUUCAUUGAAUCAAUUAUUCAUUUAUCCAAACCUGAAUGCGUAUCAUCCGUUCGGCUCCUGUUCUUCAGCUUUUGUCUUCGCUCGUAACUUCGUUGUUCAAAUCUUCAAUUUCUCUUGGGUUUCCUCUUGUCUAUACUUAUCUCUAUCUCUAUCCGCAUCUUUAUCUUCAUCCCGCCCAUAUACACAUACCUACAUACACAUAACUCACAAGUAAUAAACUAUGGGCUCAUCGCAAUCAACCCCAAAUUCCCCUUCUCCCGCAGAAGCCCAGUGCAUUCUUCUGGAGAAGAUUCAGAAUAUGAAGUUUCAAUCUGAGGAAGAUGAUUAUAUACAUGUAAAUGAAAAAGGUGCUGCUUAUCAAGCUACGUCGCGAGCUCAGUGGACGCCUUUGAGUGCUGCGAGAGUUGAAAAGUGGGAGGAGGAACUCUUGAGUGAUCCUAAGAAUCGUCUAGCUCUGAGUGCACUCAGCAGUGCCGAUCCACGAACAGUCCUCACAUCCCGUACCACUCUCAACCAAGACCAACAAAUCUUCUCCAUCAAAAUACCCUUUGAGGGAGCUCCCAUAACCAAUCAGCGACAAUCAGGACGAUGCUGGUUGUUUGCCUCCACCAAUGUCUUUCGUGUGGCAUUGAUGAAGAGACAUAAUCUCAAAGAAUUCGAACUUUCUCAAGCUUACCUAUUCUUUUGGGAUAAAUUAGAAAAGGCGAAUUGGUUUUUGGAGCAAAUCCUUGAUACGAUAGGAGAGGAUUUGGAUGGGAGGUUGGUGCAGAGAUUGAUGGAGAAUCCUGUCAGUGAUGGAGGACAGUGGGAUAUGGUUUACAACAUUGUCCAUAAGUAUGGUCUCGUACCCCAAGUUCUCUACCCAGAUAGCUUCAAUGCCCAAACAUCUUCGGUGAUCAAUAGUAUCAUCACAACCAAGCUUAGAGAAGACGCUCUCAAAUUACGUGCCGCAGCUACCACAAAAUCUGCAUCUACUCUUAAUAGUUUGAAAGAGCAUAUGGUUCGCCAAAUCCAUCUCAUCCUAACUCUUGCUUUGGGUCCACCACCUGCCUCUGAUGCAGCUUUCACAUGGCAAUAUCUAGACAAAGAUGGCAAAGCUCAAGAAUUAAAAGUCACCCCCAUUCAAUUCGCUAAGGAAUUGAGCACACCAAAAUCAAUCAGAAUCACCAAUUCCACAGUCCACGAUAUGUUUUCACUAGUCAACGAUCCUAGAAACGAAUACGGCACUCUCCUGACUGUCGAUCGUCUCGGUAAUAUCGUAGGAGGUCGUCCCAUUACAUAUGUGAAUGUUUCCAUGCCUGUCAUGAAAGCUGCUUGUAUUUCCAUGUUAAAAGCUGGUCUUCCGAUAUUUUUCGGCUCGGACGUCGGUAAAUACAGCAACUCACAAUCUGGAGUCAUGGAUCUCAAUCUCAUCGAUUAUGAGCUAGGAUUUAAUAUCAAACUUGGAAUGAGUAAAGCACAACGCUUAAUGACGGGAGAAAGUGCAAUGACCCAUGCAAUGGUUCUUACGGCUGUACACUUGGACGAGGAGGGAAAGAGUGUUAGAUGGAGAGUUCAAAAUAGUUGGGGAGAGGGAGCAGGAAAGGAUGGUUGGUUUGUAAUGAGUGAUGCGUGGAUGGAUGAAUUUGUUUAUCAGGCGGUUGUGGAACCGAGGUUUGUGUCAAAGAGCGUUAGAGAUGUGCUUGGAGGUGAGGCAAAGGUCUUGAAUUUGUGGGAUCCGAUGGGUGCUUUGGCUUAAAGGUGUAUAGUGAUGGAGUGAAUGAGUGAUGAUAUGUUAUGAUAUGGAUUUUUGGUAUGGAAGUAAAGAAUGAUUGAUUGCAGUUCUGGUUUUUAGGGGAAUGGAAAUUGGAAAGAGGAGUUAUGAAUUAUGAAUCAUGACGUUAUUGAUGGUAGUUAUGAUAUGAGGAUGCGAUUUAAGACUUGGCAAUAACAAUAUUUCUGGUAUAAUAACACAGAACUCAGAUAUGGAAUGCAAUUUUUAUAAAUACA